GGCUUCAUUCGUUCGCGCAAAGUCGCUCCGGUGCGUAGUGCCAGUUUGGUAGUUUGGUGCGUAUAGUUUUGUGGCUAGUGGCUAGUGCUUUUCUUUUUCUUUGUGUAUCGGGUAGGUGUAACCGAAUGCGUCAAAAGUGUUGAAGGUUUAAGUGCAUACCGACAGUUUGGGUCCAAAGGCUACAGCAGGUGACAACGGCCGCACUACAAGUCACCCGCAAGGACGCUCCAGCAGCUCUCGCUCCAGACGCCCCGCUUUGUUUGCUUUUUUGGAGCGCCGUCCGACCCGCCUGCCCGAGUGUCCCGCGGUCUGCGUACGUUCUUCACGAUGGCCGUUCGAAGUCUGCUAGUUUGGAGCUUGCUGGUGAUGGGCCUCACAUACGUCGCGGGAGCCUACGAAAGACCCUCAUACAUUUUGCCCUGCCGACGAAACGAUCCAGAGAUCAACAAAUGCAUCCGGAACUCGCUGAACUUUGUCAAACCGUACGUUUCCCGAGGACUGCCGGAGCUCAAGACACCGCCACUCGAGCCACUACGUAUCGAGGAGCUGGCGAUGGAAAACAAUGCCGGCGCCGUGCGGAUAAAGGCACUGUUCACGGACAUCGUAGCACAAGGUGCCGGUAACUACACGAUCAAGGAGGUGCGCAGCGAUCUGAAAAAGCUACGCAUCGACAUGAGCAUCGCCAUUCCGCGGGUAGAGUCGCGCGGCAAGUACGAGGUGAUCGGCAACGUACUGCUGCUUCCAGUGCGAUCGAACGGCGAAUUCUGGACGGAGUUCUCUGACAUCAGCGCCAUUGCCAAGAUCUAUGGUAAACCUGUCGAGCGGGACGGAGAAUCGUUUAUGGGCAUCGACAAGAUUAACGUUGACUUUACGAUGAAGAACGCCCGGUUCAAGGUGAAGGACCACGUCAACACACAAAAUGUGCUGGGUGAAGCAAUCAACCAGUUCCUCAACCAGAACGCUAACGAGCUGAUCCAGGAGAUGAGACCGGCGGCCUCCCAGAGCAUUGGCAAGCUGUUCCGGAAGUUCCUGAACGAUGCCUUUACCAACCUGCCGACGCGGUUGUGGCUGCUGGACGACUAGGCCCCGCACCAGACCGUUCUUCCAUCCGUAGCAUUAGCAUUCGUCGUUAAAGCAUAGGUGAUAUACACAGUAUAGUCUUAAGGAUCGCGUAGCUGUGCCUAGCGCCACAAAUACAAAUCGGAAUCAUCUGUUAUGUCCUUAUCCAAGAGCAGUCCCGUGCUGUGCGGGAGGACAGCAUCGCACGCGACCUCUUUAGUUUGUACGGAACUACAAACACAGCAAAACGAAAGCCGAGAAAAUUGUACCGACAUAACAACAGCCUAACAACAAAGAGAUCAAAUCUCUUCUCAACGUACAACUUUGUUCACACAAUUCGAUCUUUAUUUGAUCCCGCAAAUCACCACAUUGAGGUUGUGCCUGUGGUUUAGUGUGUAAGCGAAGGGCGAAACUGUACAAAAUCCCCUCACCUCGGAGGAAACUAAAUUCUACCAGAACCCUUUUGGAACAAAAGAAAGUAGGCAAAUGAACAAGAAAUCAGAAAAGCGAACGCGAUUUUCCCUAGAUUUAAGGUGUAAAUAUUUCGUUGUGAUGAUGCAAAGCGUGGCUGCAAAAGCGAUUUUCAAAACACAAAACCACAAUUUAAUAAAUCGAAAAUAAAAUGAAACCUUAUUGUACUUUU